UUUCAUUGGAUGUGCUGCUGUCAAGCAGCACUGAAGAACUGGAAGGGCAAACGCUGGAAAGGCAGAGAAAAGACAAACAAGGAAUAAUCCUAAUGUAGCUCUCUGUGGCCGGCGCUCAGGAACUCAUCCCAUGCCUUCCUCCUUCAUCUGCCCAACUUGCGGACGCCGAGCGAGCUUUCUCCUCCUUCUCCAAGCGGUCACGUUCAACGGUGGAAUUACCUCCACAUAUUAAUAUUUGACAGCAUCUGGCUAUUUUUUUUUUCCUCAAAAUGAGAGAAUAUCGUGGGCCCGACACACUGUAGCUUGUUCGAGGGUACCCAGGUUUGUAUUUCUGCGGUUAGCAUCUCCGAUCCGAGCAUUAGAUAUCUCUAAAUGCACACUGGAAGCCAUCCGAAGGUUUCUACGUGUCCCUCUCGUCCCUUUUCGGGCUGAUCCAUGGACCGUGUGGCCGGACUCCACCGCGUUAUGCUGCCGCCGACGGGAGUCCUGACAUGGGGAGGGCUGAGCAGAGGCACCAGCAGCGUGGAUCUUCUCGCCUGUUGACGAACGGCUGGAGAGCGGAGCCAAGUGUCGUAAGAACCGGCCUGUGGCCCAUGUCUUGAACUCGAGUGGGAACCAGAUCGGCCGAGCGGGGAGAAAGGAGGACUCCCCAGGAACAGUGGAUGGCUUCGGGGGUGGGGAGAAGGACGAGAGCUCAGACGAUUCCUGGACGAGAAAUGGAUAAAAGUACUGCAUGAUCAGAAGAGGACUGGCCGGCAGGCCCGCUUGAUCACAGUAAAGUUGAGAAUGAAAAAAAAUAUGAUGUGGUACGAAGGCAAAAAGAGGCUUAAGCGUUAGGGAUGAAUUGCGCAUGAAAAGAUGAAUAACGGAGUUCAUGUUUUUCUGGACUUGCAUAAAACAACUUCAAUUAAGUUGAGGUGAAUCCCAAACCGAGGACAUCAGCUUCCUGCUCAGAAACACACUACUCUUACUCACUCUGUAUGCUUUAAGCGAGAGUUUAAGUAACCCUUUUGGAUUAGUUUAUCUAUAGUCAACUAUACAACAAAAUAGCUCAGAAACAAGUGUGAACACGCAUAUAAAAACACAACACCAGAGGACAGUUGUGAAUAGUAAAGUAAAGCACUUGCGCGACAGAAAACGUCUGGAGUGGGUUGCAGCAUGGGCUGUGCUUCAAGUAUUCAUAUCUCUGAUAGGGUGGUCUACCACAGUGGAAAAGAGUCCGAGGAUUCCCACUCCCCACAACAGACCAACUCCACUCAGCACCCAGGAAAUCCCGCCGCCUCGGGGCUGCCCAUCAAACCCGCCAGCUGCAAGCCCACAUUAACAGAGGUGCCAUUUGGACCAAUGAAGUUAUUUAAAGACCAGCUUCAGGUACUGUUAGUAUUUGCCAAAGAGGACAGCCAGAGCAAUGGGUUCUGCUCUGCGUGUGAGAAGGCGGGCUUCAGGUGCAGCGUUGUGCGGAGCGCCGAGUCGGCCGCCGAGAGCUUCCAGGAGAAGCACCACGACCUCGUCAUCAUGGACCACCGACAUUCCAGACACUUCGACGCUGAAGCGCUUUGCCGGUCCAUUAGAGCGAUCCCCUCCUCAGAAAACACUGUGAUAGUUGCCGUGGUGAAAAGGCCGGACAGAGAGGAGGCCUCUGUGAUGCCCCUGAUCAAUGCUGGUUUUAAUAGGAGAUACGUAGAGAAUGCCAACGCGAUGGCGUGCUACAACGAGCUGCUGCAGCUGGAGCAUGGGGAGCUGCAGGCGCAGUUUAAACUGAGGGCUGGGAACGCUAUUUUCACAGCGCUGGAACAAAGCCAAGAGGCCAUAGAGAUCACGUCUGAAGAUCAGGUCAUUCAGUAUGUGAACCCUGCUUAUGAGUCAAUCAUGGGCUACCAACAAGGGGAGUUAAUAGGGAAGGAAAUUAUCGAAGUGCCUAAAAGUGAGAAGAAUAAACCGGAUCUCCUUGAAACAAUAAACUCCUGCAUACGAAAAGGAAAGGAGUGGCAGGGGAUUUAUUACGCCAAAAAGAGGAACGGAGACAGCAUACAACAAAAUGUGAAGAUCACACCUGUGAUUGGACAGGGAGGAAAAAUCAGACACUAUGUGUCUAUCAACAGGCCUUUAAAUGAUAAUAAUAAGAAUGAUAAACCUGGAGUCCAGGCCGAGUCCCAGACUGACAUCCAGUCCAGUAAGCACAAGGACCGCAGGAAAGGCUCUCUGGACGUCCGUUCCACCACGUCCCGAGGCAGUGACGGGAGCUCCCAGCGACGCCACUCGUCCAUGGCUCGCAUCCACUCCAUGACCAUCGAGGCCCCCAUCACCAAGGUGAUCAACAUCAUCAACGCGGCCCAGGAGAGCAGCCCCAUGCCGGUGGCGGAGGCCCUGGACCGGGUGCUGGAGAUCCUGAGGACCACCGAGCUGUACUCCCCCGCGCUAGGCACCAAGGACGAAGACCCCCACACCAACGACCUGGUGGGGGGGCUCAUGACGGAUGGAUUACGGAGGCUGUCGGGGAACGAGUACAUCUUCUCCACCAAGCCCCCCCACGCACCCAGCCACCUGGCCACGCCCCUGACCCUCAACGACAUCCCGCCCCGCAUCGCUGUGACCAUGGAGAACGAGGACUCCUGGGACUUCGACAUCUUCACCGUAGAGGCGGCCACUAUGAAGAGGCCGCUCACCUUCCUGGGCAUGCAGAUCUUCUCGCGCUUCAGGGUGUGUGAGUUCCUGAACUGCCCGGAGGCGGUGCUGCGGUCCUGGCUUCAGGGGGUGGAGGCCAACUACCACUCCAGUAACUCCUACCACAACUCCACGCACGCCGCCGACGUCCUGCACGCCACCGCCUACUUCCUGUGCAAGGAGAGGGUCAAGCAAAGCCUGGACCCCAUCGACGAGGUGGCGGCACUGAUCGCCGCCACGGUCCACGAUGUGGACCACCCGGGCCGCACCAACAGCUUCCUGUGCAACGCAGGAAGUGAGCUUGCCAUCCUGUACAACGACACGGCGGUGCUGGAGAGCCACCACGCCGCACUGGCCUUCCAAAUCACCACCCGCGACGACAAGUGCAACAUCUUCAAGAACAUGGAGCGUAACGAGUACCGGACCCUGCGGCAAGCCAUCAUCGACAUGGUGCUCGCCACGGAGAUGACCAAGCACUUUGAACACGUCAACAAGUUCGUCAACAGCAUCAACAAGCCACUAGCCGCGCUGGACGAGAACGGGGGUAACGGUGAUGAGGAGUCCGUAAAGGGGGUCCUGACGACGCCAGAGAACCGCAUCCUGAUCAAGAGGAUGCUCAUCAAGUGCGCGGACAUCUCCAACCCCUGCCGACCGCAGGAGCUGUGCAUCGAGUGGGCUGGCCGCAUCUCGGAGGAGUACUUUGCACAGACGGACGAGGAGAAGAGGCAGUGUCUUCCCGUGGUCAUGCCUGUCUUCGAUAGGAACACCUGUAGCAUUCCCAAGUCCCAGAUCUCUUUCAUCGACUACUUCAUCACGGAUAUGUUUGACGCUUGGGACGCCUUCGCCGACCUGCCGAACCUCAUGCAGCAUCUGGACAACAACUUCAAGUAUUGGAAAGGCAUGGACGACAGGAAGCUGCACAAGCUCAGACCCCCCCCAGAGUAGCCCCCCCCCUCCCCGGGAUGCCACGACCCAGACCCCGUCCAGGGGGGGGGGGGGCUCUCUCUGCUCCUCCUCCUCCUCACCGCUGGGUGGACUCUCUCCCCCGUGAGCCCAGCCUCCCCUGGGGGAGGGGGAGGGGGGGUCUCCCGCCUCGCACCCCCCCGCUUCUGUAGCAUGCCACCCCCAGCGGAACCUGUACCCUCGCUGCGGGACCCCCGUCUGCAGGGGGGGGGGGCGUUAACGGACGCAGGGACGGGGGGACACGCGGGGACACAGUGGUACACAUUAGCUGAUGCACACAUAGACACACAAACACGCAUAGACACACACACAUAUAUAUAUAUAUAUACACAGACACACACAGACAUAGACACACACACAAAUUUCCGUAUGAACUUGUUGCACCAGCCGGGUACCGUUGGCGGUCAGGUGAUAUGACUGAGAGAAGGUGUCCUGACAGAGGCUCCUCCUCCUCCUCCUCCUCCUGGCCCCAGCGCGGGUUCCUCCCGUCGGCGUCAGAUAGGAGGACCUCUCCGUCCGAGCCUCCUGUUCAUGAACUGGGCCCUGCAGAGCCCUGAGAACUACACUGGGACCUGUUCCAGUCCCGUUUCAGGUCCGGUCGCCGUCUCUCCGGCCUCCUCCUCCUCGUCCCCCUCCUUCACCAUCACCUCGUCCUCCUUCACCUUCUCCCCCUCCUCCUCUUCCUCUUCUUCUUCCUCCUUACCCUCCUCCUCACCCUCCUCCCCUUCUUCCUCCUCCUCCUUCUACCCCUCCUCCUCAGCCUCACCCUCACCCUAUUCCACUUCGUCCUCCUCCUCCUGGGCAGAGUAGCGAUGCCCACUGCUGCCCCCUGGAGGCCACUGGAUGGAAACACACUCCAGCGCUUUCCUUUUUUGGUUUUCCGUCUCGUCGUCUUCAAGCUCAGACACAACAGAGUGUGUGUGGUGACCUGUCCGUCAUGAGAGUGUAGUGGGAGGGAUGUGAGGUUCAGGGUGUAUGAGAAUUUAAUAAAGGUCACCGUUGAGGGACAAACUUCCUCAACGUGAUGAUCAUGGGUCAUGGAUUACGGAUGGUCUGGUUAUCCUCAUUUUCAUUUAGAUGUUUCAAUUUUAUUUUUCCUGUUCUCUAAAAUCAUACUUGGAAUUAGGUUAAAAGAACAAAAUAAAUUAAUUGGGAAAAUUAAAAAAGCAAAGCCAAAGCUGAUUAAGAUGAAUAAUACUAUAACCCUCCAAGUCCAUAAUUAUUACUUGUAUGAUGUAUGACACCAUUUUAUUGCACUGUAAACAAUAAUAGAAAUGUCUUUGUUUCACUGAUUUGUCCAGGGAUGUGAUGUUGCAUAAGUUAUGUUAUUUCUGACCAUCUAGAGUGUGUGUGUGUGUGUGUGUGUGUGUGUGUGUGUGUGUGUGUGUGUGUGUGUGUGUGUGUGUGUGUGUGUGUGUGUGUGUGUGUGUGUGUGUGUGUGUGUGUGUGUGUGUGUGUGUGUGUGUGUGUGUUGUUGCAACAGUCCCUUACUCCUAGUUUAAUGCUGUAAAACGCUUGACAUUUGACAAACAGCAGAAAUAUAUGUGAAAACAUUAUUUUGGACUUGAAAUUAGUUUUUUUUUCCUCCCAGAAAUGUUUGUAUCUGGUUUAUCCUA